AAUGGCGGCGGCUGAGAACGGAGAGUUGAACGAGCAGGAGCUGAGUGAGCUGGAUAAGCUCCAGCUGACGAUCAACCAGAAGUCCGACGAGACCCUGGAAUGCACCAGGAGGAUGAGGGAGAUGUGUGCGGAGGCGAAGGACAGUGGGAUGAAAACACUGAUUGCUCUGGAUGAUCAAGAGGAGCUGAUAGAUAAGUUUGAAUCAGCGGCUGAUGGAAUAAACCAAGAUAUGGCGCUAGCAGAGAAAGCUUUAAAGGCAAUGGAUAUGGCCUGUUUUGGUUUGAUUCCAAGGUUCUGGGUUAAGGAUAAGGGAUUUAAGGAGGAUGAUGCAGUGUGGGGGGAUCAGAAGGUUGUAGGAGCAGGACCCCCUCCACCAGCAACAGAACUUAGAGACGGAGCAUUCGUCGCAACAAUUCUUUGCGAUGCUAGAGAAGAAGAAAUGGAAGAGAAUAUGGAACAGGUGAGUGCAAUGAUCGGGAAUAUCAGAAAUAUGUCGAACGACAUGAACACUGCUCUUGUUCGACAGAACCAGACCCUGGACAGGAUUAACGCCAAGGCUGGGUCUGAUAUUACCAGAGUUAAAAUGGCGAAUGAGCGAGCUGCCGCGCUUAUGAAAUAAUUCUAAAAAGUGUCCCGCGCAAUGACAACUUUCAAAAUCUGAAAUAAUCUUUACAAAAAAAAUUCUUCGAAUAGAUAAUUAAUUCAUAAGCUUUGAAUUUAAAUUCAAGUACAAACUAUGAUCUUUAAAAAUGUUGAUAUUAUAAUAUGUGAUAAAUCCCUGUUAGGACUAGAGGAACACGUUUAUGUAUUAGUCUCGAGUUUAUUAACAUCAUGUAUGCUGUAUGGUUGAAAAUCAAAAUGCUGUGUAAAUAUUGAUAAAAAGUGGUUCAACUGAUUACUUACCUCAAUUUUUAAUUUUUAUUUCCUAGUUUAAAAUCGUAAGAAAUGUAAAAAUCUUAAAUAUGUUUUAUUAACAAUCGUUGAUUAUGUAAAAAUAACAGCACCUGGUAGGUUUCCAACAAAUAAAACGUAAGGCCUUAGACUUAAACUGUUUUUAACAAAUAAAAAUUUUAUAUUUCAAAAUUUGAUUGGUUCUUUUAUCCAGCAGAAUUCAUAUUUUGAAAGGUUGCAAAGAUACAAGGAUUAGAAAAUUAGAAAUAGAAGCAAGUAAUCAGUUUCGUUAUAGCAUGGACCGUUUUACUCUAAAUUUACAUUAGGCUAAAUUAUUUGUUUGUAUGAAACAUGUAUAUUGUAUAUUGUAUAAGCUGGAUUGUAUUGUGCUCAAGAAAUUAAUAUCUAAAAUUAUUCUUUUGCAGAAAUUUAAACUAAAUGAAUGAUUUAAGAAAUAUUUUAUCUUUAUAAAUUGAAACUUCUUAGAAUAUGUGUAUAUUGUUCCUUCAACCUUAUUAUUUCUCCACCAUAUGUUCAUUCUCCCUUAUAUCUCCAUCCUUGAUCUCCUUGUCUUUUUCCACUUGUCCCUUCUCCCUCGAUCAUCAUUCAUUCCUCCUUUUUUUUCUCCCAACUUCUCUCUCUUCCCAUCCCUUCUCUCUCUUUCCAUCCCUUAUCCCUUUUCCCAUCCCUUAUCUCUCUCCCCAUCACUCCUCUAUUUUCCAAUCACUCCUCUCUUUUCCUAUCCCUUCUCUCUUUCCCCAUCCCUUCUCCUUCUUCCCAUCCCUCCUCUCUCUUUUCCCUCGGGAUUUUUUUCUUCUUCCCUCUCUCUCUCUUCGUGGUUUGAUUUAUCUCUUUCCUUGUCCCUGAUUCCUCUUGGUCUCACUUUCUUCUUCUUCUUCUUUCCUUCCUGUCUUUUACCAAGUUUUUAUCUUUAUCCUUUCCUAUUUAUCCACCUUUCCUUCUUCAGUCAAUUCUUUUCUCCUUUUUUCUUUCCCUUCCUCCUGUAUUAGGCAUCGUUUUCAAUCCAAUGUUUUAAUUCAACAAUUUUUAAGAGGCUCCCUAAAAAUUUGAAAAGAUAAAUCAAAUUCUAAAAUUACAUGUUCCACAAUCCACAUGAUAUAGAUUUUUAACAGAUAUAGGCCAACAAUUUCCUUCGUCCAGAGCCAAAAGUUCGCAUAAUGUUGUAAUUAAGGCAACAUUUUUAAUGUGUUUUCACCCCCCCCCCUUCCAACCUUUAGAAUUAAAACUAUGAUGUAUUGUAACUAUAUCAUCUAUUUCAUUGUAACCAACCCGGAACUAACAUUUCAUACUUUAUACAAAGUAAAAUUAUUUGUUAUAAUCGUACCUAGAUUUGCUCAAUUUCAACUGAAUUGCUAAUUUGAUAAUCAAUUUUAAUUCAAUAUUUUGCUCAAAUUUUGCUCAAACAUUGUUUCAUUAUUGCUCAAAAAAGCUCAAAUAUAAAAUCUAUUGCUUAGUACUUAUGGAAAAUAUAGUUUGUAUCUAUGAA